AUGCCGGACCUGGAGUCGAUCGCGUCGUCGUCGGCGUCAUCGUGGUCCUCGUCGGAAGGUUGCUUACCGCCGCUGCGCGUCGCGACGUUUGCUUACUCGCGCGACACAGGCAGCAGCGAUAGCAUAUUUAGCAGCAGCAACGCGUCCUCGGAGUCAAUUCCCAAUGCACCUGCUGUGGCCGCGGAGAACCCAGAUCGUCUGGCUACGGCUCCCGCGGACUACGCGACGCACGCUCUCAACGCGGCCUUAGAGACACCAGCGCUGCAGUAUGGCAACCUCUCAGCGCCAGUGCUGUUGCGCACUGCUCCCCUCGUCCCCGUCAUCCAGGAAGUGCCACCGCCGUCACAUACCUGGUCGUCCGAAACGCAUGCGCGUAGCCGCAACGACUCCAUCCUACGCUGGCGAGUGCAUCAGUAA